CUGGUAAAACCAACAUCUCACCGAGACAACUGGAGCUUAAACAGCUUUACAACAACUUACAGGAAGCAAGUUUAUAGAGAUGACAGAUUCGAAGAACAAGUACAGUAACCCAAAUGCGGUUGAUCGGGUUACCAGCCUGCCCCUGUUCAGCACAACACUACGGCUUGUGGCAUCAGCCUACAUAGAUGUGAAGAGCUUCCAUCCUCUUAUGAGCUCUGUGUUCAGCAUAGCAGAAAAAGGAGUCAAGACAAUGACACAAGUGGCCACUGAACAAGCCACACCUCUCCUGGAGCGACUGGAGCCUCAAAUCACGGCUGUAAAUAUUUAUGCUUGUGAUGGGCUCAGCCAGUUGGAAGAGAAGUAUCCAGUCCUCAAUCAGACUGCAGAUGAGCUGGCAGGCCACUUGAAAAGUGCUUUCUAUAUUACCUUGGACAACCUGCAGGAUCAACUCAACAGCAAGAUCGACAGUGCAUUGGUCCAAACCAAUACAGCAUUAGAAACAACAAAAACAACUGUAAUAUCUCGGGUCAACACUCUGUUGGGCUCAAGGUUUGGCAAGGCAUUGGUCUUGGGACUUGACAGCGUACUCACAUUGUCCGAGGAGCUGGUUGAUUAUUACCUUCCUGCCACUGAGGAAGAGCUUAAACAUCUGUCACUGAUGAGUUCCAGAAACUUUGUGGUUACUGAAGAGGAUGAAGAUGAGGGUCCAUAUCUCCAGGAUCGAGUCCAAAGUUUGAUUGUGCGUAUGCAUCUCAGAAUGUUUCAUCAGGGAGUGCUCAUCUGGAAGGAGCUAAAGCAACUGGGACUACUUCUCAGAUAUUAUACUGGGCAGAUGGAUUCCUCUCAGCUCUUUAAUGCUCUCCAUGCAUUGGCAUUCAGGAUCCUGAGAAUGUAUGCUGCGCUGAUCAACAAAGUACAGUCCCAACAGCAACUGGCCCUCUUACAGCUCUCCAGCUUAAUUCAGGCACUCGCUUCCUUGUGGCCACUCCAUCCAGUGCUCUCUUUGGCAGGAGAAGCUCAGGCCUUCCUGGCUCUAGUGGUCAGUGAUUUGUACAACCUUAGCAUGAUCCUCCUACAGCUUCUCAUCAACACCACACCGCUAUAUGAUCUGGCCAGCUUUACUGUGCUCCGCUGGGAAGUUGGGAACAGGACUUUGACGACUGCUUCUGGUACUCAGUUAUCCAUAAUCCUGCGUUUUGGUCUGAUAGCAUGGCAAGAGUUGUACUCCCUUUUUCUAGGCUUCAAAGAGGCAUCAGAAACAGAUCAACUGCUUCGACGCGAGAGUGUGGCAUUAACUUAGCUUGGUGAGCUUGGUCACCUGCAUGGUUUGUGGCAUCCCACCAAUGACGCAUGCCGUCAGGUACCUGAGCUCAACAGAGGAAUUCAAGGAAUGACUAAUGACUUCUGUGCUGAGAGGGAGAGGUUCCUCAAAUUUCUUUUACUUACUCAAAUUUCACUUACUUUCUCUUGCCUAAUGGGUAGAAUGCCAGAGAACUGAUUACUGCAGAGAUUAAUCUUUAGCCAUGUACACUAUGACGUUAAAAUGCUUUGCAUUCCAGGACAGUAAUGGGGUUGACGGUGUGUGUAAAUUGUGGGAUUGGCAAAUGGCAUUUGAGUUUCGUAUUGAUUUGCAUGCAUAUUUUUAAGAUACCACUACUGUUUUAAGUCAGCUAAGGCCUAAAAUUCAAUCCUGGCCUUGGUCAGAUGUUUGGGGGAACAGGGUUGAUUAUAGAUAUAGGAGCACAA